GGAGGGAAGUAGGGAUGUCACUUGAGACAGAACCAGGCAUCAGGUCUUUAUAGCAGUGGCUGCAACAAGACUGGGUCAGAACCAGUGAAUACUGUAUAGGGGCUAGGAAGAUGGCUGAGCCAGGAUUUCAAAGCUGUCAAGAGGAUUCACAACUCCAUGACAAUGCAGAAAAGAUGGCUGCUGCUGAUCAGGGAGUGAAGUGGGCCACAGAACUGAUCGAACAGAAGCUGGCGCUUGAGGAAGAGCAGGAGAAACACCGCUCCCACCCCCCUGCAAAGCAGCCAGAAAUGGCACGGAUGGACUCUCCACAGCUGGAAGAUGAAAAGAGGCAUGGACCUAUCAACAAAGGUGUUGAGGGGCUCAAGGGCCAGGAGAGGGUGCGAAAGAGCUCUGUGGACCUAAGGCGAGAGAUCAUUGAAGUUGGUGGCACUCAGUACCUCUUUGAGCUACGCAAGAAACCCAGAAAGAAGAAGGAAGAGAAGAAACCAGAGCCUGAGCCAGAGGAAAUUACAGGUCCUGUGACAGAAGAGGAUUUCCUGAAAGCUGCUGUACAAGGCAAGGUGCAUGUGGUGGAGAAGUUCCUGGCAGAUGGGAGCUCUCCAGAUACCAGUGAUGAGUUCCGCAGGACAGCUUUACAUCGUGCCUCACUUGAGGGAUACACAGAAAUAGUGGAGAAGCUUUUGGCCUAUGGUGCCACUGCUGACUUCAGAGAUCGACUGGAUGCCACUGCUAUGCAUUGGGCCUGCCGUGGUGGACAUCUUGAUGUGGUGAAACUCUUGCAAGAGAAAGGAGCCAAUUUUAAUGUCAAGGACAAACUUCUCAGCACUCCUCUGCAUGUGGCCACCCGCACUGGUGUGACCGAGAUUGUGGAACAUCUGAUUAAUAGUGGGAUGGACAUCAACUCCCGUGAUCGAGAGGGAGACAGUGCCCUGCAUGAUGCUGUUCGUCUCAAUCGCUACAAGAUCAUUAAGUUGCUGAUUCUGCACGGGGCGGACAUGAUGGCCAAAAACCUGGCUGGGAAGACUCCUACAGACCUUGUGCAGCUAUGGCAGAAAGAUACGCGGGAAGUGUUGGAGCAGCAAGAGCCAGACACAACAGAGAUGCCAGCAUGAGGCAGAUGGGGGGAGGGGAGCCAGGUGGGACUCAAGCCAGGAUAACAUUGGACUCCCAAGAGGCUGUCAUUACCACCCAAUUAAAAAAAUAGAAAAGAAAGUAAAAUCUAAUGAGAGUUCAUCCACUACGUGAGAAUCAGAAAUGCAAUAGUUGGAAAACUCCCAGUCACCAUAUUAUCACCAGCCACGCAUGUGAAUGUUCUGUUUGUCAUACAGCUGUAUAUAGCAGAGGCACCCUGCCAAGUAGACAGGUUCCAGUCUUGUAUCCAUGGAAUAAAACUGAGCUGAACACAUGAAGCUGCCUUACACUAAAUCAGACUUCUGGUCAAUUAAGGUCAGUGAUGUUUAGUCUGACUGGCAGCAGUUUUCCAUGAUCUCAGGUGAAGGUCUUUCCCAUUACCUUCUACCCAGUCCUUUAACCUGGAGAGACCAGGGAUUGAACCUGGGACCUUUUGUUUGAAAACCAGAUUGUCUGCCACAGAGUCAUUGCCCCUCUUGUGGACUGAGUGAUGGAUAAUGCUCACGUGUCUCAACUGCAUGAUAACAAACUAGCCUACAAGAUCCUAUAAUAUCAAACUACUUGCAGUAUAUUGAGUUAGGGUUGUAAAAGCCAAGACUCCAGGUGUGUUCCAGAUAUUCCACAGCAAAGAGCACCUUGUCUCUGUGCAGCCAGGUAUACCUGGUUGUAAUUUAUCAUCUGACUGGUCUGGUUGGUAUCCUGUCCUUUCAUUCUAUGCAUGGCCCAUCUGGCACUGCGCUCAUAUUGGGCUCCUUUUACUUAUACCUUCUGAGCUAAUCCCUUGAAGCGCUCUGUAAUAUUCACCUGAACCAGACCAGUACUGAAUGGGUGUUGUUUCCUCUGCCUGUCCCUGGCGGCAGCUCUUCACUAGCUCAGGGAGAAGUCUUUCACAUCAUCUAUCUACCUGGCCCUUUUGGAUGGUGAAUGAACCACAGACUUUUGCUGCUAGGAAGGUGCAGGCACAGCAAACUAUGA